GUUGCAACGAGAAAAAUGUAGCAAUGAUUCACUAGAGAAAAUGAGACUUUAUCGGAUUGUUUUACUUAUCUUUGCAUUUGCCUUCCUUGCUCAAGGAAAAUCUUUACCAUCUACAUUUUCAGAGGAGGCAAAUGUUCCCACUGCAUUACCUUUGGCAUCUAUCAACGAUGGAUACCAGGGAAUUGCAGAUGACUUCAAUGAUGACAGUUCAGAGAAUAUUGGGGAAGCACCCCCAAAGAGGCCACCCAUCGGCCAAGAACAGAGAAAGUCCAAUGCAGAUAGAGAAAAUGGACUGAAAGAAUUAAAAAAGGAAUUUAAGCAUGGGCGCUUGAAUCUAAAACACCUUCACAAAAAGUUGGCACCCCUCCUUAAAACAAGUGACCUUCAACAUACUGGUUCAAAUAUUCCUGUUGGCAAACAAGCGUCUGGAUCUAUGGAGAAAGCAUUGCCGACCAAAUCACGCCAGCUACCAAAAAAAUCAAAAAAUUUAAAACGAAACCUCCCAAAAAAAUCAAAACAAGAACAACCGUCUUUAGAUGAGGAAGUUCGUCCAGAGAAGAUAAAGAUGGAUAGGAAAAGUGGUUCUGGGGAACUUUCUCAUUUCAGUCUAAAAGGCUUUUUAAAAAAAUGUGAGCCAAAUGCAUUUGGAAGACAGAAUAGUGAAAAGAUUCAUGCACCACAUGUCAAUAAUCCUAGAGCCUCCCUGCAGAGUGACAGUCAGUUGACUGGUACAAACAUUCCUGUAAACAAGCAAGGAUUUGGAUCUAUUGAGAAGGCUCUGCCUACAUUGUCAAGCUUACUUAAGAAGCAUUGGCCAAAACAAAACUUGAAACGAGAACGACCAUCUUUAGACAAGGAAGUUGAUUCAGAGGAGGUCAUGGAUUCUGAGAGUGGUUCUGGGAAAACUUGUUCCAAAACGUCAAGCAAUGUCAAGACACUUCCUCAACUGGGAUCAGCUCCAAAACCAAAACAAGAAAUUUUGGAUGGGGAGUUAGAUCCAAAUGAUGUGGACUUGGAAUCAGAAAGUGGUGUUGGAGAGGCAUCUCAAGGGGAGUCAAGGCAUUUUGAGGAACCUCUUCAAGACACUAAAUCGGAAUCAGGA